GAAACUCAGUAGUUGAUACUAACUCAUCAACAUGUUGAAGUUCGUAAUUUUAUUGUCUGCUGUUGCUUGCUGCUUGGGCGCCGCCAUCCCUGAGGGUAUGCUCCCUCAAUCGGAGGGUCGCAUUGUUGGCGGUGUUGCCACCACCAUCAGCUCCUUCCCCUGGCAAAUCUCUUUGCAACGUUCCGGUUCUCACUCCUGCGGUGGUUCCGUCUACUCCGCCAAGAUCAUUGUCACCGCUGCCCAUUGCUUGCAAUCCGUUUCCGCUUCUGUCUUGAAGGUCCGUGCUGGCUCCAGCUACUGGAACUCUGGCGGCACUUUGGUUUCCGUUGCCGCUUUCAAGAACCACGAAGGUUACAGCUCCAGCACCAAGGUCAACGAUAUUGCUGUCAUCCGCUUGUCGUCCUCCUUGACCAUGAGCUCCACCAUCAAGGCUAUUGCUUUGGCUUCCACCGCUCCCGCUAAUGGUGCUGCUGCUUCCGUCUCUGGCUGGGGUACCACCUCUUUCGGCUCUUCCUCCGUCCCAUCCCAAUUGCGUUAUGUCAAUGUUAAGAUUGUUGGCCGCACCCAAUGCGCUUCCUCCACCUAUGGUUAUGGAUCUAAGAUCAAGGCCAGCAUGAUCUGUGCCUACACUGUUGGUAAGGAUUCUUGCCAAGGUGAUUCUGGCGGCCCAUUGGUCUCUGGUGGUGUCUUGGCCGGUGUUGUCUCCUGGGGUCAAGGUUGUGCCCAAACCAACUAUCCCGGUGUGUAUGCUGAUGUUGCUGCCCUCCGUUCCUGGGUUGUUAGCGCUGCUUCCUCUGUUUAAGAAUAAAAUUACGAACUUGAAUAAAAUUUCGUUAAUUUUUUAGAACAAA